GAGAUAGUAUAUAAAAGCCAUUGUUUUCCGCCAUCAUAGAGAUAUGAAUUAAGUUGGCUGUAAGUUUUCUCCGUUGGCCGGUUUCCGCUGUAGCCUUCGCGUUGCUUCGCCAUGAAGUACGGUUCUGCACUUGCGCUCUUCCUCGGAGCAGCUAUCCCUGUUCAGGCCUCAUUUUCGUGGAAGAAUGUUAAAAUUGGUGGCGGUGGCGGUUUUAUUCCUGGAAUCGUCUUUCACCCCAAAACAAAAGGCGUGGCUUAUGCCCGAGCAGAUAUCGGCGGCCUCUAUCGCUUGAAUUCUGAUGAUUCUUGGACCGCCAUUACGGAUGGCAUUGCUAAUGAUGCCGGCUGGCAUAAUUGGGGCAUUGAUGCCGUUGCUCUCGAUCCCCAGAAUGACGAGAAGAUAUACGCUGCGGUAGGCAUGUAUACUAACAGCUGGGAUCCCAAUAAUGGUGCUAUUAUUAGGUCGUCGGACCGUGGUGCAACCUGGUCCUUCAGCAACCUGACAUUUAAAGUCGGAGGUAACAUGCCGGGACGUGGCACUGGAGAGCGCCUAGCUAUUGAUCCAGCCAACUCCAAUAUUAUCUACUUUGGGGCUCGGUCUGGAAAUGGUCUGUGGAAAUCUAUAGACGGUGGUGUCACCUUUUCAAAGGUAGCAUCAUUUACAGACACGGGCCCGUUUGUACCAGACCCGAGUGAUACUACUGGUUACAAUAGCGACAAACAGGGACUGUUAUGGGUGACAUUUGACUCAACUAGUGACACUACUGGUGGCGCGACGUCGCGGAUAUUUGUUGGUACUGCUGAUAACAUAACUGCUUCAGUAUACAUGAGCACAAAUGCCGGCUCCACAUGGACUGCCGUCCCUGGACAGCCAGGUAGAUACUUUCCCCACAAAGCCAAACUCCAGCCAACAGAAAAAGCUUUGUACCUGACCUAUUCUGAUGGUACGGGACCAUAUGACGGCACAUCUGGGUCGGUAUGGAGAUACGAUAUCACAGCUGGGACGUGGAAAGACAUAACUCCUGUGAGCGGGUCAAAUCUCUACUUUGGCUUUGGCGGUCUCGGUCUUGAUAUGCAAAAACCAGGAACACUUGUCGUCGCUUCACUGAAUUCUUGGUGGCCAGAUGCUCAGUUAUUCCGUUCCAAUGAUUCAGGGGCGACUUGGAGCCCUCUGUGGGCAUGGGCUAGCUAUCCUGCCAUGACUUAUUAUUAUAGCAUCUCGACUCCCUUAGCCCCAUGGAUUAAAAAUGAUUUCAUCGACGUAACCAGCGAAACUCCACCUGGCGGAAUUAUCAAGCGUCUUGGCUGGAUGAUCGAGUCACUUGAGAUUGAUCCACUGGACAGUAAUCACUGGCUCUACGGUACUGGCAUGACGAUCUUCGGUGGUCAUGAUUUGACUAAGUGGGAUACAAUUCACAAUGUGACAAUUCAGUCGCUCGCAGAUGGCAUCGAAGAGACUGCUAUCCAAGGCCUAGCCUCUGCACCUGGCGGGAGCGAGCUGUUAGUGGCUCUUGGAGAUGAGAAUGGCUACACUUUCACAAGCGCGAGUAGCCUUGGUACUUCUCCGCAGACAGUCUGGUCGACUCCAACAUGGGCGACCUCGACAAGCGUUGACUACGCAGGUAACUCAGUCAAAAAUGUUGUCCGAGUCGGCAACACUGCUGGCACUCAACAAGUUGCAAUUUCAUCGGAUGGCGGUGUAACAUGGAACAUUGACUACGGCGCUGACACAAACAUGAAUGGCGGCACUGUAGCCUAUUCAGCCAACGCUGAUACAAUCCUGUGGUCGACAGGAUCAACGGGUGUGCAGCGAUCCCAAUACCAGGGUAGCUUCACCUCAGUCUCCAGUUUGCCCGCAGCUGCCGUGAUCGCCGCAGACAAGAAGACAAACAGUCUCUUCUAUGCUGGAUACGCAUCGACGUUUUAUGUCAGCAAUAAUACCGGUAGCAGCUUUACAGCUGGGCCAAAACUGGGUAGCGCCACCUCUAUCCGGGACAUUAUUGCCCACCCAACAACCGCGGGCACUUUAUAUGUUUCCACUGAUACUGGCAUCUUCCGUUCGACUGACUCGGGCACGACGUUCGCUCAGGUGUCCACUGCUCUUACUAACACUUACCAGAUUGCUCUUGGCCUCGGCUCCGGAUCGAACUGGAAUCUGUAUGCCUUCGGUACCGGUUCAGCUGGCGACCGCCUCUAUGCCAGUGCAGAUAACGGCGCAACCUGGACUGAUAUUCAAGGUGGCACCCAGGGCUUCGGCGCCAUUGAUGGUGCCAAGCUAGCGGGUAGUGCCAGCGUCUCUGGUCAGGUUUAUGUCGGUACCAACGGUCGUGGUGUCUUCUAUGCUCAGGGCACAAUUAGCGGUGGCACAGGUGGAAGCUCUUCCUCCUCGAGUAAGACUAGCAGCACCACCACCGCUAGAAGCAGCACCACACUUAAAUCAUCAACUGUGUCGACUACCCAGACGUCGACUGUGAUCUCAUCGACUCGUACUAGCUCGUCGUCCAGCCCUACAGGAUCAGGUCUUGCACAGCAUUACGCUCAGUGCGGGGGCAUUGGCUGGACAGGCCCGACACAAUGCGUGUCACCGUAUACUUGCCAAGCGCAAAAUGAUUAUUACUCACAAUGCGUUUAAAUAGAAUGAGCUUGCAUCCAUCUUGUGAUACUAGAUAUAAUUAAACUUAGUAUUCAACGUGGAAAAUACCCCUAUAUACCAGUAGCUAACCUUUAUCGUGCAAGCAGCAUAUGUUCAGAG